UGAAAAAUGUCUGAACAACGAGCUUUUAAGAAUCCCUACCCAGAUUACACUGGGCCUGGAUGUGCACAAGACUUUUUUGACAUGCAGGGAAAUUUGACCCAGCAUUUUGCCAACUGUAUAAGCAGCAAGAUCAGUGAGCUUCUGGCGGUCAUGGAGAAUGGACUGAAGAACGCUGACCCCAGAGACUGUACUGGCUACACUGGCUGGGCAGGCAUUGCCCUGCUCUACCUGCAUCUCCACAGCAUCUUUGGAGACUUCUCUUUCCUCCAGAAGGCUCUGGACUAUGUCAGCCACAGUCUGAGGAGUUUAACCCAGCGCUGGGUGACCUUCCUGUGUGGGGAUGCAGGGCCGCUGGCUGUUGCUGCGGUGGUCUAUCAUCGACUCCAGAAACCUCAUGAGGCUGAGGAGUGUGUGAACAGGCUGUUGCAUUUUCACCAGUCAGUAGUGCAGGGGAAAGGCAGGUUUCCUGAUGAGCUGCUUUAUGGCAGAGUGGGCUACCUUUACUCCCUCAUCUUCAUUAACCAGCAAUUUCAGCAGGAGAAGAUCCCCAUUCAAUACAUUCAACAGAUCUGUGAUGCAGUGCUGGAUUCAGGACAGAACCUGUCUCAGAAGAACAAGAUCCAGGAGCAAACCCCUCUCAUGUAUGAGUGGUAUCAGGAGGAGUAUGUGGGUGCCGCUCAUGGCCUGUCAGGGAUCUACUACUACCUGAUGCAGCCUGGCUUUGUGGUUGGCGAGGACAGAGUUUACCAUCUAGUCAAACCCAGUGUGAACUACAUGUGUCAGCUAAGGUUUCCAUCAGGCAAUUACCCACCGUGGGUCGGAGAUUCUCGGGAUCUUCUGGUGCACUGGUGUCACGGCUCUCCUGGAGUGAUCUACAUGUUGAUACAGGCUUUUAAGGUGUUUGGUGUUGGGCAGUAUCUGGAGGACGCGCUGCACUGUGGGGAGGUGAUCUGGCAGAGGGGUUUGCUGGAGAAAGGCUACGGCCUCUGUCAUGGAGCUGCUGGAAACGCAUAUGGCUUCCUGGCCCUUUACAAGAUCACCCAGGAUCCCAAACACCUCUACAGAGCCUGCAUGGUGAGUCUAACCCCUCUCAACCUUACAAUAUAUGUUAAACACUAUAUUACUAUACCUCCGUGUUUGUCAUAUUUUCUCAUGCAUGAAGGGAUGGCAGGCACAAUUUAUUUCCUGGCUGACUUGCUGCAACCAACUAGAGCCAAGUUCCCUGCUUUUGAGGUGUAAAGACCGUUCCAGACGACUGAGCCUUUUCGCUUAAGCUUCCUCGAGCCAGAAGAACUCGUCCUCUAAUGGUGGAAUAGUACUGUCUCACUCUGCAUGUGUGUCUGUAUACCGCUGAUCUGUCACAAUUCACACUAAGUCUUUUGAGAGGUGCUGUACAUGUGGAGAACAGUACGCAGGUGAUAUUAUUUUCCCAUUAAUGGAAGGUGGAUGGGAAUCUAGGCUAACUGUAUAGAUUAAGGGAAGCUGCUGUUACGUUACGUGUUUGUUUGUAUCAUUUUAAUUAAUAUGACUCAUUAAAGAUAAACUAUUUCGAUGUAUCUGUGAGGAUAUAUUCUGACAUGACAGCAAGGUAAAGUUUAACAUCUUUUUGAAUUUAAGUAGAGUUAAUUAAUUACACAAGAACUACAGCUUUAAGGUAGCACUAAAAAUACAGUGUUGAUAUGCUUUCUGUAAGAUUAAUGCUUUGCCUUCUGUAUUAGUAAUGUAUUUUCCCCUUUUUUCUCUCUUGAUAAUAAUAGUAGUCAUAUCAGAGGAUGUGCUGCCAAAAUUUUUUUUUUUUUUUUCGGUAGUGGAACAAUCUUUUAGCAUUUUCAUUUGUCUUUCGUCAUCAUUUGUACAUUUUCAUCUGCACAACAAUAAAAAUAAGGAAAACAG